AUGUCUAAUCAGACAUCUAGCUACUCAUUAUCAUCGCAGAUAGCAUCACUGGUUCAUAAACAUUUCGAUGCUCUGCCCGCACGCAGUAAACCCACCAUUUAUCCAGAUGGAUCAAGAGAAUGGGUCCCAAUGACUGGAAUUGUGAUUGUGAAAGGGCACCGCAUCGGAAACUUUGACCUGCAUAGCAGUCACGUAAGUCUUGAAUUAUCACAACCUUGGAAGUGUGACAAAGGCCAUUAUGCAGGCUACCUGAGCACUGGUGCCAAAUGUCUUUCAGCGUCUCACAUCCCACGCUGUCAGGGUCUUGUACUACAUGAUUGCCAUGCUGAGAUAUUAGCCAUGCGAGCAUUCAAUUACUGGCUGCUGACGGAAUGUCAUGGUUUGUUGUCUGAAGAGAGACAAAUGGCCAAGAACAAAGACACAUCCGACCCCCGUAAUACAAAAACUCCAUUCUCGCCCUUCAUCCGACGGAGGACUGAAGAACAUGAUGACGGGUCGAAGGCAUCUACAGAAUGGCCGCCCUUUGAAUUCCACUCCGAUAUAAAGAUAUACAUGUACUGUACAUGUGCGCCAUGUGGAGAUUCAAGCAUGGAGCUCUGCAUGGCAUCCCAGGAAGACGCAACACCAUGGGAAGUCCUCCGCGAACCGAUAUCUGCCUCGGAAAACCAAGAACUCGAAGCUUCAGACGCCGAUAAGAUGCUCGACGGGCGUGCCCACUUCUCCCUUCUCGGGGUCGUGCGUCGAAAGCCUGCACGCACAGAUGCCGAGUCAACGCGCAGCAAGUCUUGUUCUGACAAAAUUGCGCUGAGACAGGUCUCAUCCUUGCUCUCUUGUCAGACUAGUCGGUUGGUUGCUCCUACUGAAAAUGCAUAUAUCGCCGGUCUCGUUCUUCCUCAGGAAGAGAUCACGAAGGUCGGUUUCGAUCGGUGCUUUGGACCAAAGGGUCGGAUGCAGGCUCUUGUGGGAAGGUCGUGGCCUGCUUCAAGAAAGAUAGAUCAUAGCGCGCCAGGGUAUCGGUUUAGACCAUUCCAGGUCCUUUCGGUCCCUAGUGAAGAAGUAGCAGCUCUGUGGCCUUUUUUCAAGCCGAAGCUGAUCCCUGCCCCGGUGGUAUCAUCAGAAGAAGAAACCGGCAGCUCAACUCCGACGGCCAGUCCUAGAAAGUGCAAGCCAGGGAAUGCGAGUGCAUUGUGGACUGUGGCGCCUACGCAUCAACACUCAUCACCUGUAAAUUUGGACACUGGGAAGAAGAGCUUGCCGCACUUAGCUCGUUCCCAAACUGGCUUAUACGAGACGGUCAUCAAUGGGGUGAAACAGGGCAAUCGUGCAUCUUCGCCUGGCAAGCGGGGAGCCUCCGCCUUGUCCAGAGCAAAGCUUUGGGCUUUGCUUGAAGAUAUCAGUCCUACUCACCUCCACCAUAUUGAUCGAGAUAGCACAUCGGCCGCGAGCUUACUAGAUAACGUUGAGGCUGAACAAGUGCAUGUCGGUACGAGUCAGCGAGUUGAUUCGGGACUAGUCACCUACCAAGACUCGAAACGGCCAGGUUCUUCAACAGAUCCGUUGCAUGUUCGUAUUGAAGCUAUCAGGGAUGCUAAAAGAGCUCUGAAGGGCUGGGCCCCUAAUUCGGGGGAUGACAAUUGGAGCUUGGGUGUCCUGGUGGACCCAAAGAAACGGAAGCGUGAUAUGCCCAAUGCCAGGGCUUAG